AUGCCCGGUCGCACUUUAUCUGCAUCAUCCGAGAAGUCUGAUGACGGUGGCGAGCACGCAACAAUAUCCGGCCAGACUACUCCAACAUGGCUUCCAAAUCAACCUUAUCGCCGUUAUGGUACUCCUCCGAUUUCUCACACGGUGGGUAGCGCCCCGGGUACCAUGUCGACUAGACUGGCUCCGACAGCCGACUCAAGUACCAGCGAGCAGGUGUUAACUCGUUCUACCGACACAGGAAGUGGGCCUAUUGCUAUCGACAUACCUCGUAUCAAACGGAUUACUUCGACGUCGGUUUACACCCCACCUGAGCCACUUUCUGCACGAGGUGAUUUGCCUGGAGGAUACUUCCCUAUGCAUGAGGAUCCCAAGACGAGAGUCCAUCAUCCUCAUCCAUUCCACAGCCAAGAUCGCCAGGGCGUACGAGAUCUGACCCUUGCCGACUUCUCAGCCCGCCCCGAAGGGAGUAGUGCCACCAAAAAAAUGUCUUCCAGCAUGUCAACGCGCAACAGUAUCCCGGUUGCAUCCUAUUUACCCACGGGAUGUCAUGACACACCACUUCCCAUGGGGAAGUAUUACCCGUCAAACUACGAAAACCAACAGAAGGCCCACGUGAGCAGGACCAGGUCUGCCACAGUUUCGUCCACCUCUUCCAAAUCCAGAGACCAACUCGAACCUUUUAUCAACAGUUCGCCGACAUCGAACUCGGCCCACGACCCUGAUGUUCGUCGCAAACUUCAGCUCCAACAAUAUCAGCGCGAUAUGAUUGCUCAGGCUUCUUUGGCUGCGAAUGAGCUUCUAUCCUCAAGCGGGCACGGCAGAUCUGGGCCUCCCAAACUGGGAAAUCUACCAGGAAAGGCCCUCAGUUUCGGCCCUCCAUUUCACAACCCCUCCGCCCCGAAGUUGCACCCGUUAGGCAGUCCCGGCCCAGUGACACCCAUGGAUCUCGAAUCUUCACGAGGCGGUAAUGGCUAUUUCGAGAUGAGCCAAGGGGAUAACCGUACGCAGAAAUAA